GUAGUCGAAGUGAAGCGUUUCGCUCUUUUCCCUUUUCCCAAGCAAAAAGCAUUGAAUACAUAAACCCAACCUCCAAAACCCCACCCAUUUCCUAAACCCUUCUUCACCUUCAGCCGCUCAAAAAGUCUCACUGUCCCAUUACCAAAAACCCUAACAAACCCACACUCACUCACUCAACCAUGGGUAGUAACCAAGCCGUUUCUUUCCUGACCAACAUCGCACGCGCCGCUUUGGGACUCGGCGCCGGCGCCACCGCUCUCAGCUCAUCUCUCUACACCGUCGACGGUGGCCAGCGCGCCGUCAUCUUCGACCGUGUCCGUGGAAUUCUCAACGAGACCGUCGGUGAAGGUACUCACUUCCUCGUCCCAUGGCUCCAGAAGCCUUUCAUUUUCGACAUUCGCACAAAGCCACACACUUUCUCUUCGGUCUCCGGUACUAAGGAUCUCCAGAUGGUCAACUUAACCCUACGCGUUCUCUCGCGUCCUGAGGUCACGCGCCUCCCUGAGAUCGUCCAAACCCUAGGUCUCGAGUACGACGAGAAGGUCCUCCCUUCGAUCGGAAACGAGGUGUUGAAGGCCGUGGUGGCUCAGUUCAACGCCGAUCAGCUACUCACCGAGCGUCCGCAGGUCUCGGCGCUUGUACGGAACGGACUCACCGAGCGCGCCAAGAACUUCAACAUCGUGCUCGAUGACGUGGCGAUCACGCACUUGUCUUACGGCGCUGAGUUCUCUCGCGCCGUUGAGCAGAAGCAGGUGGCGCAGCAGGAGGCGGAGAGGUCGAAGUUUGUGGUGGCGAAGGCGGAGCAGGAGAGGCGUGCGGCGAUCAUUAGGGCCGAAGGAGAGAGCGAGUCGGCGAAGAUGAUUUCGGAGGCUACUGAGAAGGCUGGAACGGGACUCAUUGAGCUCAGGAAGAUUGAGGCCAUGAGGGAGAAUGCCGCGACUCUCGCUAAGUCCCCGAAUGUCGCUUACUUGCCCGGUGGCCAGCAGAUUCUGAUGGCUCUCAAUGCCAACCGUUGAGAGUAAAGGGUCUCAUGACAUGGCAUAACAGCUUGACGAGGUCAUGGAUUUGGACAAAUUGUUGGUUUAUUGCUCUGAAGUUGUUUCUUUAUGUAUCUAAGAUCAUAUCAUUUGAACUUUCUUAAGAUCCAGUCAGGAAACUGUUUUGGAUGUUUUGUUGAAGAGCAUGGGUUUUUUUCCCUGUCCUAGAAGUAUGACAAUGUUUAUAACUUACAUGAUAAAAUUGGAUAUGUUGCCAAAUGCAUUUUCCUUUCCCCAAUUUACUUUAUGGCCAUCAUUGAUGGUUCUGGUUUAUUGAUUGAUUUCCCUUUGAGACAAUACAAGAUGAUCUAAACGCUGUCAUUAA